AUGACGUUUUCCCAUGCGGUUGUCAUGACGUCGUCUCUCUCCGUCGCCCUGCACGGGGGCGGUCGCGUGCUCAGCAUUCAGUCACAUACCGUCCAGGUACCCCACUCAGGUGUUUCUCAGGCGCCCAUCUCAGGUGUCUCUCAGGCGCCCCUCUCAGGUAUUUUCUCAGGGGGUCCCUCUCAGGCUUCUCUCAGCUGUCCCUUUCAGCUGCCCCUCUCAGGUGUCUCUCAGGUUCCCCUCUCAGGUGCCCAUCCCAGGUGUCUCUCCAAUGUCUCUCAGGUGCUUGCUUAG